AUGGAAGUGAUAGCAAAUAAGGACACCACAAUAGCAAGUGAAAUGGAAGUGAUAGCAAAUAAGGACACCACAAUACCAAGUGAAAUGGAAGUGAUAACAAAUAAGGACACCACAAUAGCAAGUGAAAUGGAAGUGAUAGCAAAUAAGGACACCACAAUACCAAGUGAAAUGGAAGUGAUAGCAAAUAAGGACACCACAAUAGCAAUGGACAUGAAGUGUGAAGCUUUUAUUGAAAAAAGAGAUCUGCUACAGCAGCAAGUAUCUCCAAACUCUAAAGCAAAUGGGUUUACCCAAAGGAAAGACAAAUCUGUGUUGGAGGACCUCAAUGAAGUCACUCUUCAAGCACCAGAUGGAGGUUAUGCCUGGGUGAUUUUGGCUUGUAGUUUCUACAGCAUGUUUUGUAUAGAAGGACUAAACGGUUCUUUUGGCUUGUUGCUGCCCAUUUUAAUGGAGGAAUUCAAAUCGACCGCCGCAGUGACGUCAAUGCUGAACUCCACCCUUAUUGGCAUAUUUUUGAUUAUAAGUUUCUUCACGAGCUGCUUGAUUGAGAGAUAUGGAACACGGGUUGUGACGUUCUGUGGUGCAUGGAUUUACACACUGGGACUUCUCUUGAGCUUUUUCGCUCCAAGCAUCUCGUUUUUAUUCCUUACUUAUGGACUGCUGUGCGGCUUGGGUGUUGGGAUGGUUUUCUUGCCAUCCAUAAUGAUCGUUAAUCAGUAUUUUGAUCGAAAACGUUCUCUUGCCAAUGGAAUAUUGGCCUCCGGUGCAGGACUUGGUCUACUAGUAAUGUCUCCGGUCAUAGAGAAGUCAAUAGAUGCCUUUGGAUGGCGAGGAUCUCUUCUUAUCUACGCCUGUUUUACUGUACAGUUGUGCGUUUGUGCAUCUCUAAUGAGGCCCAUAAGGAAAAUGAAAAAGAGGAAGGAAAUUAAACCGAUGUCUACCUUUUCAAAUACUGUAGCAAAUGGAACUGAGAAUGACGAUACUAGAUACGCCUCCUUGCCGUUUUUGAACAGAAGUGAUAAUUUGUUGUUUGGCAGUUCUGGUACUUUAAGUCUUCCUGUUCUUUUUGGAAGUAAUCAUUCAAUCACUAAAGGAUCCUUUAAUAUUGGGGCUCUAGUAGAGGUCAGAGAAUCUGAAAACGGAGAAAAAAUACAAUAUUCUAAGACUUGCGCACUGCCAGCUUUCUGCUCAAGUAGGCCCUUCAUAUUUUUAACCAUUGGUUGUCUACUGACCCAGAUGGGACAGGCUAUCCCAUUGGUAUUCAUAGGUGAUUACGGGAAUCACGUUGGUGUGACGUCAGCUGAUAUCAGCCUCGUUCUGUCCACAUUUGGUGUGGCUAAUACAAUUGGUCGUUUGUUCGCCGGGUUAAUUGCUAAUACCCGAUGUCUUGGUCACCUAAACAUCUGUAACAUUGGUUUGAUAUUAAGUGCUGGUGCCUGUUUUCUGUUCUUCCUCUGUAAAACUGUGGGUGCCUUGAUGGGAUUUGCCAUUGCAUAUGGGUUCUUCCUAGGAUUUUUCCCCCCGAUGCAACCUUUAAUGAUCAUGGAUUACCUUGGUUUGGAGCAGCUGACUGCUGGCUAUGGUUUUGUAACCAUGUUGAAAGGUCCAGCUGCCUUCAUUGGAUCUCCUAUGGCAGGAGCUCUACUGGAAAUGACGGGAAAUUACGAAACCGUUAAUGGACUUGCAGGGAUUUUGUUUACUUUAGCAGCUUGCUCACAAAUGUUCGCGCUCUGUUGGGAUCCACACAGUAAGGAACAGGAAUCGGAUAUCGAAUUGGAAAAACAGUAAAAAGAGACAUUUUAUUCCAGUCAUAGUGUAUAU